GUGUAGUUACCAGCAUGAUCUCUAGAAGGUAUCCUGGGCGCAGGAGGAAAAAAACAGAAUUUCACACCAAGGUAACAACAAAAGAAGAGCUUGUGUUAGCAGAUCCAUUUUCUGAAAGCGACCAAGUUUCAAAAUUUGAUGAAAAGAUUAAGAACAAAGACAAAAUCAUCCAAAAGUUGAAAUCAGAGGUUGAACAUCUGCAAACAAGAAACAUUGACUUGGAAAAACAUGUUAAGAAACUAUUUAACAAUAAAGAGGAAGUAAUAAGUCAAGUGGACAAUUUAGCCAGUAAGAAUGAAUAUCUGUGUAAAGAACUUGCUCAUGUUGACAAGCUAGCUGAACAGCUGGAAAAAGAAAAAGAAUUUGCAUUGGACAGUGCUGAAAAGGAUCUUGCUGAAGCAAAGUCUCAAAUUAAAUGCCAACAAAAUACUAUACGGAAAUUGGAACAUACAAUCAACGUUCUUAGAUCUGCUGCUUUAGAUACUGAAGAAUCAGAAGAGUGCUGUCUCUCAAGGCUUGACAAAUCUAUAAAGACAGUGGAGAACAGAGAUUAUUAUAAAUCCGAAGCUGAGAAUUUGAAGAAGAUGCUUCGAAAUACAUCUUCAAGUCCUAAGCGCAGCCCCUGUCAUGCUGUUUCAAAGGGUUCCUCCCCCAUUCAGGGAAGUAGCUCAGAUCCAGAAUUUCUGAAUGUCUUGAGAGAACGUGAAGAACUUAAGUGUAUGCUGGAAAAAUAUGAACGUCAUAUGGCAGAAAUUCAGGGUAAUAUCAAGGUUCUCACAAAAGAAAGAGACAAAAUCAUCUUUCUUUAUGAACAGGCACAGGAAGAAAUAAGUCGGCUGAGAAAAGAAGCUAUCAAAAUGCCCAGGGCUUCUAAAAAUGCAGUGACUGUUCAAGCUGUCUUAAGGCGUGUGGAGACAGAAAGGGAUGCCGCUAUUUCUGAUUUCCGAAGGAUGUCCACAGAACGUGAUAGUUUGAGAGAGAGGUUAAAGAUUGCUCAGGACACUGCAUUUAAUGAGAAAGCUCACCUGGAACAGAGAAUUGAAGAACUGGAGUCAAAUGUUCAAAGUCUUGACAAUGAACGGUUAGAACAAAUAUCAAAGAUGUCUUUGAUGAAGGAGACGAUAGAGUCCAUAGAAACAGAAAUGAAAAUAUUGGCAAGAAGGGCAAUGGAUUCAGAAACUGAACUAAACAGACAAAAAGCAACAAAUGCUUCACUGAGUCUACUGAAUGAAAAAAUAGAACAUAGUCUUUCAGAAGCUGAACGACAACUUGCAAAGAAAAAAUAUGAAUUACAACUCACUCAGGAGAAAAUUAUGUGUCUGGAUGAAAACACUGAAAACCUUUCAAAACAAAACAUCAUUCAACAAGAAGAAAUUUGUACGCUUAAUGAAACAAUAGCUGAACUGGAUACAGAAAAGGAAUCUUUACGCAACCUUCUAGAUGAAAAAACAGAGAAAAUUGCCACCCUUGAAGACAGCUUAGACAUUAAAGAAAAGACCCUUUUCGAUCUGAAGAGCAUACUUUCUGAUAUGGAGCAUUCAUCAAUGCAUUCAGCUGAAGCACUCCGCAUAUGUGAACAAGAUAUUACCAGGUUACAUCAUAUGUUGGAUGAUGCUAAUACUGAGCUUACUCAGACUGGCAAGUGUAGAGAAUCAUUAGCUUUGGAGAAUGAGAGGUUACAGGAACAACUUUAUGACAGUAAGCAAGAGAAUCAGAUCCUGCUUCAAAAACUUGCUGACUCUCAAAAUGAACUUGAUAAUAUGAAGUUGAAAAUUGAUGAUUUACAUACAGACAUUGCAAGACUAAAGAACAUACUGAAUUCUAAAGAAAAAGAUAAUCGAGACCUUUUGGAGAACUACCAUAGGGCCAGUGAACAUGUAGAAAAAUGGGAAUCAAAAUUCCAUCAAAUAGAAGCAGAUUGUAACUCUGUCCGACUAGAACUUCUCAAUGUAGAGUCUGAGAGCCACAGGCUGAAAGAACGAACCGAGUCCCUUGAAACAGAGAUUGGACAACAUUUAGCAACAGAAAAAGCCUACAAGUCACAGAUUGCUACUUUAGGCAAGUCUCUUGUAAAAAUGGAAGAAGAGCUUCAUAAAGUCCAGCUGGAGAAAGUUUCUUUACUUUCAGAUUUGACAUCUACACGGGAACUGUGCAUUAAAUUGGACACUAACAAAGAAUUAUUAACUCGUCAACUAACCAGCUCAACACAGGAAAUAGAACGUCUGCAGAAUGAAUGGGAAUCAUCUCACUCAGAAAGAGAGCUCCUUAGAAAACAACUCACUAAUGAAAGAAUCUCAAUAAAAAACCUGGAGACAUUGUUAGCAUCCAAUCGAGAAAAGGAAUUUCAAUCUCAGAUGAUAAACCAGGAAAAAGAAUCUGAGAUUCAGCUUCUUAAAGAGCAGCUUUCUAUGGCUGAAAACAAAAUUGCUAUUCAUAGUAGAGACUUUUCGCAACUCAGAAAUACAAUAACUCAGCUGGAAUCUGAGUUAGAUAUCACCAAAAGACAGUUGGGCACAGAACGCUUUGAAAGGCAACGUGCAGUUCAAGAACUUCGUUGUCAGAGUCUUACAGCUUCAUACCAUUUAACUUCUACAAUAAGGCCACCAUCACCUGAACGUUCCCACCACCGUUCUCCUGACAGGAAUUUAGACAGAUCUUUGGAAGGGAAAUGCAUUUCGAAGGACUUCUAAUUGAGGAAGAUAUGGGAAAUCCUGAAAUCUAUUAGAAAAAUACAGGUGCUAAAUUAACUUCAGGGUUUAUUAAAACAAUUGCUUUAAUCCAAGAGAUGCUGGAUAAUGUUCAAAACAUUAACUGAAGAAAACCCAAAUAUUUUAUUUAGGCCACAUGAAUAAAAGGUGUUUUGAUAUUUUAUAUAACUAAAUAUCCAUUAUUAAAGUAUCCAAUGGAAAAGAAAACGUGAUUGAGUGAGAAUUGUUAAAGAAAGCUAUUACUGUCUUUGUAAAGAGGAAAAUGGUAAAUGAUUAAAUAGUUUGUCCUUAUUUCUUUAUCCAUCUGUUAUAACUUAGUUGUGUUAGUUAUGAAGAAACUUGAAAAGACGCACAUCCUCUUUAAGAUGAUGGAUAUUAUUUUGGUACAUACUGAAUUUUGAAUAAAAAUCUGAAGCUAAAGAGAAAAAUUCAAUUUCAAAGUAAAAAAACCAGUAAGGUUUCUGUGGACAUACAAGUAUCAGGUUGUUAUACCAUAUAUGCAUGUGCAGUAAUAUUUCUCUGACCCUGCAGUUGUAUAAUCAAUUCUAAGCAUGUACUUGCUGAUACAGCAAGUCUAUAUCAGGUAACUGGGCAAUAUAUUUCAGUAAUGAAGUUAAGUAUUUUGUAAUGUAGUGACAUUUGCAAAUAUGAACACCUGUUCUUUAUAUAUUUUCAAAGACACACAUUUACAAGUAAAACAUAGCCGUAUCAUGUACUUCUUAGAUUCACACAUUGUACAUUUUAUUAAAUUGUUUUUGUCCCUUAUCAAUCAAAAUAUGGAUUUAACUGAUUAAAACCUCUUUAUUAUUUGUACACAGAUAUAACAGGGUUAUUACUUUAAAACAGCUCAUUUUUAAUUAAAUUUGUUUUAAAUAAAGAGUCUGUCAAUGGA